AUGGAGAACCCAUCAUCCACCGCCGUGCAGUCAUUAAAUGCAUCCGGCUCUUCCAGGGUGCAUGUCGGCAACAGCUACAACAUAACGCAUCACCAUCGCAGCGGAUCUGGGCAGGAUGGUGCCAAGAAAUACUUGGACGCAUUGCGCUCGACUAAUCCUCGUGAUGAUAAAGCCAGGAUUGAACAGACUAACGGCGGUCUGUUGAAGGAUUCGUAUGUUUGGGUCCUUGAUAGCCCCGAGUUCAUCACUUGGCGUGAUGAAAGCGAGAGUGGCCGGCUUUUGUGGAUAAGAGGAGACCCCGGCAAAGGGAAGACGAUGUUACUGUCCGGUCUUAUCAACGAGCUGCAGCCUUCCACGAGACUAGAGAGCCCAAAGAAUCGCAACACAAUAUCCUACUUCUUCUGCCAAGCCACAAAUUCCGGGUUGAACAACUAUGUAGCAAUCUUAAAAGGGCUCAUUUACUUGUUGGCCAUUCAGCAUCCAGCUCUUGUUGCUCAUCUAGACGACAAAAAUGGACACGACAAAGAUCACUGGAACUCUAAGGUGUCCCUCGAAGGCACUUUCCGCAAAAUGGUAGGCGAUUUAGCUCUUGGCGAGAUAUACUUGCUUGUGGAUGCUCUGGAUGAAUGCGUUGAGGACCUCCCUCUUCUCCUGGCAUUGAUAUCAAGCACGUCUUCACGCGCCAAAUGGAUUGUUACUAGCCGCAACCGCUGCGAAAUCGGGGAGCUUUUUGGAGAAACAUCAUCAAAGCUAGCGCUCUCUUUGGAACUCCAUGAAACAUCUGUCUCUGAAGCUGUCAACAAUUACAUCACUUACCGAACUCGCCAAUUAGCUGACAGGAAGAAACUAAAAAAGAGUAUCGUGCAAAAGAUUCAUGGUUACCUAUCAGAGCAUGCCCACGGCACCUUUCUUUGGGUGGCUUUGGUCUGUCAACGACUGGAGAGAUGCCGAGCCUGGGAGAUUCCAAAUCAGUUACUAGAGUUUCCUCAGGGUCUUAACCAGCUCUAUGCGCAGAUGAUGGACCAAAUGCGCAAGUCUGACAGCAGCGAUCUCUAUAUCAGAGUCCUUGCCCUCGCGUCCACGGUCUUCCGCCCUCUUACCUUUUCAGAGCUCAUAACUAUGGAGAACCUGAACAUGGAUGAGGAGACACUUCCUGAUCUCAUAGUGGAAUGUGGUUCAUUUCUGACGACAAAAGGCAAAACCGUUGUGUUCGUCCACAAGUCUGCGAAAGACUUUCUGCUCAAAGAGUCAGGCACAUUACUCUUUCAAUCUGGACUUGCGCAUCAUCAAUACGACCUCUUUCAAAGGUGUAUCGCUAUGCUGCAAAGCCUUCAUCAGGAUAUCUAUGGCUUGGUCUAUCCGGGAGUCUCAUUGGAUGAAGCUCUCCGGAAUUGUCCCGAUCCGGAUCCAUUGGAGAACAUGGAAUAUUCAUGUGUUUUCUGGGCUGAUCAUAUGCAAGAGGCAUAUAAGCUCUCCAUUCAAGAGGAGGAAAACGGCAAUAUCCCCGGGAUUGACACUGUUCAUAAUUUUAUUAACGAAAAGUUCUUGUUCUGGUUGGAGGCGCUUGCUUUAUGUCAGAAUCUACCAGCAGCACUGAAAGCCUUGGCAUUUGUAGGGAAUUUACCAGUUCAAGGGCAAGCAAGCUACAAGAUCCUGAUCGAGGAUGCCCUCAGAUUCUCACACUAUUUCUGCUCUAUAAUUGAAAGCUACCCACUCCAGAUUUACGCCUCUGGUUUGCUCUUCAGCCCGAACAAUAGCCUUAUCCGCCGUCGAUUCAAACAGUACACUUCGGAAAUCUUCUCCGAGGGCCCAAAAGUCGACGAUGAGUGGAGCCCAAUUCGGAGCAUUUUUGAACCCCAAGAACCUUUCGAUCUUGAGACUAUGACCUUCGCGCCCACAAGUCAAAUGCUAGUUGUAACCACAGACGAAUCAUUGACCAGAUGGCACGUCAACCAAGAACCUGUGCCUGAUGUCAUACAAAGAAAUGAUUUCCGUGGCGAGGAAAGAAUUGCACCGUCGUCAGAUGGGAAAUGGCUAGCAAUUAUCGCUUCCGGAUCGGGUUCAAAGGCAGCGCGGUCAUCGGCUGAAUGCGAACUUCAGGUUCACGACUUGGCUUUGAACAGGAUCGCUUGGCGUCAAGAGCUUGACAGCCCUGUAGUUCUAGGCAUGACGAUCGCACCUGACAGUCAGUGCCUGCUAGUGUGCCAUGGGUCACUGUUUGUGAUCUAUGAUAUUAGCGGUGGAAUUCGUCGACGGUAUCCUCUCGAGCAGGCAUUGCCUCGUUUGUGUUCUGCGCCAUGGAGUGAAAAAGUUUACUUCUCCUUCUCAUCAGACUGUUCCUGGGUAGCAUUCCACAUGUAUCCCAGCACGCAAAUUUGGGUCCUGAAUUUAAGAACAGGCGAGCAGCACAAGAAUGCUAACUGGAAGGAUAUUUUGCCCAUAAAUGACAAAAAGUUCAUCCCCAGUACAUACUUGCUCAUGUUUUGCGAUGGCGGAGAUAACAUUUAUCUCUGGAAUGUUGUUGAGCAAAAGUGUGAAAUUUGGAGUCACAUUGAGUACUCUUUCUCUCGUUUGGCCAUCUCACAGUCUGAUUCUUGGAUGCUCCUAUGUGGGAAGGACGGACUUAUCAUAUAUGAUCGUGCUUAUCACCGUGUACGGCGGGUAAUUAACCUACCAGAUCUUAUAGGAGUGGAAGAAAUUGCGAUUUCAUUCGAUGAUCAGAUAAUUGCAUGCGCCACUCAGAGCGAGUUAUGGAUCUUGGAUGCUAAUACCCUUUUAGCUGAUAAGCCACGUACAACACGAGAUGCUCACGAGGAAUUCCACAUCUCUGAUAACGGGCAGUUGAUAGCUUACAACCUCGGUCGCAGUAUUGAAGUAUGGGACGCAUUGGCAAGCGACAUGCUAUUUUCGUUGGCCAUAGACGACGUCAUUCAUCAAAGCAUCCGGACUAUCACAUUUUCACCCAAGGAUCGCUACCUGCUAGUCGGCGGCCUCCAAUUGAUCCUUGGGUGGGAUUUAGUCGAUGACAGCUCGCAAAGAGUCUCGGGUGACUUCGAUAGUGGACCUAUUGCAGUCUCUGACAAAAGACGUAAUGGCGAUCGGUGGGUAGCUGCACGUCGGUCUAUGGGCGGCGUUUCUGUAUGGAAUAUCACGACAGGGAAACGGACGAGGAAUUUCAGACAACCGGACAAUCGAUCACAGGAGGCUGCCUCAAUAGCCUUUGCCGACAGUCAAUUGGGAGUUCUAUGGUGCUCCAGUAAGGUGUCAUCGAGGGAUGAGGUAUUUCUCUUAUACAAUCUUGAAACCGGCGAACAGCUCUCUCGGAUCAAAUUUCCGUACUAUCCUGUGGAUCAACACUGGUAUUUUGGGAUCCAGAAACCAAGACCUAAAUUGUCUUUGAGUGGAACCUUAGCCAUGAUUCGGCCCCGGCUAGGUUCCCGCUCAUUCUUCAUAAACUUGAGCACAGAUAGCGAUGGUAUCGAAGUAUACAAUUUGCUCGAUCGCUUCUUUCUCCUUGACGACUCAACUGUGUCUACUAGUGAAGGAAUGUUUGACAUAAGUUCCUUUGAGUCGAUUUCAAGUCAAUCUUCUGAGAUAUCUACUGUGGACAGUUUUGACUUGGUCAGAGAGAGCGAAGAAAGACCAGCUCGCAUAAUCUUGGAUUUCAGUGAAUAUAGCAGAGAUCCAAAUGGCGGUUGGAUACAAUUUGACAAAAAGCCGCUAUUAUGGAGACCUGCACAGUACCGAGACAAGAUCAUAGCAAUAGGCCCUGAUUAUGUUUUUCUUGAUCCUUCCUAUGGUGUUCAAUUUAUUCGUUUUGCAAAGGAUGCAAACAAAGUACUACACCAAGCUAUACAGAACUUAUCAUAA